AUGGAUACAGAUUUUAUUGAAAGACUUCAGAGUAUUCACUUGACGGAGGAGGAGGGUGAAGUUAUAAAGGUUCGAUCAGAGAAUCGUGCAAAGAUAUUGGAGGAGUGUUCAUUAAGUCUAAUGGGUCAUUUUCAUACGAUGAAACCAAUCAAUUUAUGGGUUGCCAAAAAUCUACUGAGGUCAGUGUGGAAACUUGGCCAUGAUCUGAAGAUUACGGAUAUUGGUGAGGGGCUAAUGCAAUUCAAAUUCUCCAUGGAGAGCCAACUGAAGUGGGUUUGGGGGCUACCUUUUGAUCUCAUUAAUGAAGAAGCAAGAAAAGAUAUCGGUGGUGGCAUUAGGAGAGUCUUGGAAGUGGACUGCAAGGCAAUUGCUACUGAUCAAGCUCGCUUCCUUCGGAUUAGAGUUGAAUUGCCAUUGGAUAAACCAAUCCAAAGGGGCGCUAUAGUGCUUAGCCCAAAAGGUGUGAGCGUGCAAAUAGCUUUCCAAUAUGAAAGAUUGGUGGGGCUGUGUUUUAGUUGUGGUAAGCUCGGACAUGAAGCAAAGGAAUGCCCGAGUAAAGUCUCUGCUAUAACGGGUGAAAGGCUGUAUGGGGAGUGGCUCAAGGCGGGGGUCUGA